ACCUUCAAUUGUUCUUCUGAGAUUUUUAUUCUUUCAAGAAUUACUACUCUCUCUCUGUCUGUCUGUCUCUCUGGCUUCGAGUCUCCAUUCUUGUGGUUCUUCUGAAAUUUGUUACUUCGGAUUCUCUCUUCUUUUAGAGGUAUUCGUUUUCAAGAUUCUCUACAUCGAUCGCUUCAUCACCGGUAGCUGCCAAUCUGUCUGCGAAAUUUUUGGUGAUAAAGAGUUCUUCAGGAAGCAUCUCACAUUAUGGCUAUGGAGCUUCCUGUGCUACGCGAUGCGGGUUAGUUAGGGUUUAUGCUUCUCUUCGUCUCCACUGAUUGAAUUUUCUGUAAAUUUAGAAACGAAAUUCUCUGCAGAUUUUUAGCAUUUCCAGUGGCUCUUUCUUGCAUUGGAAUAUUUUCUUGAAGCAAUCAAAGAAGGUAUUGCAAGGAAUAUCGCAAGUUUUUAGGGUUUUCGGCAUGUUCUGGUGUGCUAUUUAGCUUGUUUUGCUCAAGAAAUGGCAAGUUUUCGGGAGGAUUUAGAGGUUCCUUAUUUGUUCAGAUGAGUGAUUUGGAGGAUUCCGUUCAAGAAAAGCCGAAGACUGCUGCCAUUGCCAAGGACUGAGUUUCAGUAGAGCUGUUUAGUGUUACUGCGACUCGUGUUAAAUUUGGUUACUCCUUCCUCCAUUAUCAGAUAACGAAGUCGGUCUUCCCAACUGUUUGAAGAAUUCUUGAAUCAUCCACAGCUGCUUCGUAUUCUCAUUUUCCAAAAUUUUCGUUCCAGUGAGAAGUGCUGAAAGAGUCUGGAUUUUGUCUGGACUGAUAUAGCUGGGCUGCUUUUUUGUAUAUCCUCUGUGAGCCUCUUUACAAAGAUUCUCUAAGGGGGAAAAAGGAUCGAAGACGUAAGUCUGUAACGGUUCAAAGCUUCAAAGUCGCUUUAUUAUCCAGGGAGAUGUAUCUUUAGCUUACGGAGGAUCGUUGGUUUCAUUAUUGAUAUUGUUCUUCUUUGCUCUGGUUCAGAGGAGAACGCAUUCUUGCUGUGUUCGUCUGACUUGAGGCAUCUGCAGCGGUUCUUCUCGGUUCUCUGCAUUCUUGAAGUGUGAUUGUGUGGUUUUAGUUUUGAUUACUAAAAUAAUUAGGAAGCAUUGAUGGGGCUUCUUGGAAGUCUCGCAAUGCUUCUCUCGGUUCUCUGCAUCCUGUGCUUGCCGGGACUUAGAGCUGAAUCGCAUGGAGCUUCAAUCGACCUUGCAAGAGCAAGAUCGCUGGAUGUACUUCUUCAAGACUAUGCUUACCGAGCUUUCAAUAGACCCCGAACCGGCAUCGCCUAUGAUGGAAAGGUCCCCUCGAAUUUGACUGGAAUUACUAUUUCUGCGAUGAGGCUCAGGCGUGGUAGCUUAAGAAGAAGAGGUGUUAAUGCCUACAAGGAAUUUGACAUUCCCACUGGAGUUGUAGUUGAACCAUAUGUGGAGAGGCUUGUUCUGGUAUACCAGAACCUUGGAAAUUGGUCGGCGGUCUACUAUCCACUUCCCGGUUACAGCUACUUAGCUCCUGUUGUGGGUCUUCUCAGCUACGAUGCUUCCAAUUUAUCUGCAACGAAUCUGCCAGAAUUGGGUCUUACAGCGACCGGUCCGCCCAUUUCAAUCAGUUUCUCUGGUGUGAGAUCGGUUCCAGGUGGGUCAACUGCAAGAUGCGUUAUGUUUGAUCUACAGGGGAUGACGAUAUUUAGCAAUGUCUCUUUUGGUAAUGUCUGUUCUUCAAUUGAACAAGGCCAUUUCGGCAUUGUGAUCGAGUCUACUGCGCCUUCUCCUGCUCCUGUGCUACCGCCACCACCGUCACCGACGCCAGCGCCGUCUUCUUCGAAGAGUGGUCAGAAGAAUGACAAUAAAAAGUGGUGGAAGAUUGUAGGGUCUUCGUUUGGUUCGCUGAUAGUGUUAUCUCUGUUGCUGAUGCUGGUACUAUGGGUUCAGAAAUACAUGCAGCGUAAAGACUUGGAAGAGAUGGAGAAUAUUUCGGAGUUUGAAGAAGCGCUACAGAUAUGCAGAAUAGGGGCGACAUUUGCUCCCAUGGCGAGGAGUACCCGAACACCACCGGUGCUGGAGAGCGAAAUUGUGCCUUAGGUUUUCGCCAUUUUGUACUAUACUGAAAAGUCUUAGUGUCUUACCACCAUUCAUAUUCACUUCAAACUCAAUUCAUGAAUUUGUGCAGAGA